AUGCAGCGGGCCGAGCUCCGGGAGGCGGAGGCGGCCUCGUACCGGGUGCUCAGCCGCCUGCUGGGCUAUGGGGCCGGGCCGCAGCCGGGCGGCGCGGCCGGGGGCUCCCCGCCGCCGCUGAGGGGCUCCCGCCCGCCGCCGCAGCUCAUGGUGUUCCGCAACGUGGGGCGGCCGGGGGACGGGGACGGGCCCGGCCCCUCGGAGCUGCUCUGCCCGCGGCACCGCUGCGCCCUGGAGCCCAAGGCGGGCCCGCGCUGGGGGGGGCUCCCGCCGGCCGGGCUGGAGCUGCAGCUGGCGGCGCUGGAGCUGCGGCGCGGGAAGGGGCCCGGCGGCUGCCCCUGCCUCAGCCUGCUGCCCGCGCCGGGGGGCCCGGCCGCCGAGGAGACCAGCGACGCGCUGCUGGUGCUGGAGGCGCUGGAGCCCGACGAGGCCGAGAGCGGCUCCGAGGAGGAUCUGGGCAGCCCGGGCCGGGCCGGGGCCGGCGUGGGAGGGAGGCCGGGGGGCCGGGCCCAGCCGCCGCCCCCUCCUGCCGCGCCGCCCGGGGGAGGCGGCCCCGGCGCUAGGAAGGGCUCGCUCAAAAUCCGCCUCAGCCGCUUCUUCCGCACCAAGAGCUGCAGCGGCUCCUCGGCCGGGGGGGAGCCCGCCGCCGGCAGGAGGCGCUCGGGGGAGCUGCCCGCCUCGGCCGGGAGCCUGACCGACGUGUCCAGCCCCAGGGGCCGGGAGCAGGACUCGGGCAGGAAACCCCGAUUGACAAGAACUCAAAGUGCCUUUUCUCCAGUUGCUUUCAGCCCCCUCUUCACAGGUGAAACUGUGUCACUAGUGGAUGUGGACAUCUCCCAGCGAGGACUGACCUCGCCUCACCCUCCGACUCCUCCACCUCCGCCACGGAGAAGCCUCAGCCUGCUAGAUGAUAUCAGUGGGACGCUGCCUACAUCUGUUCUAGUGGGUCCGAUGGGGUCUUCCCUGCAGUCUUUCCCUCUGCCUCCGCCUCCUCCACCCCAUGCCCCAGAUGCGUUUCCCCGGAUCGUCCCGUUCAGACCGAUAGAGGCAGUGAACAGCCAGACCACCCAGCAUCUUCACUGUCCUCUCUACCGACCAGACUCGAGCAGCUUUGCCGCUAGCUUGCGAGAACUGGAAAAGUGUGGUUGGUACUGGGGACCAAUGAACUGGGAAGACGCAGAAAUGAAGCUGAAGGGGAAACCGGAUGGAUCCUUCCUGGUACGAGACAGUUCCGACCCUCGUUACAUCCUGAGCUUAAGCUUUCGAUCACAGGGUAUCACCCACCACACCAGAAUGGAGCACUACAGAGGAACCUUCAGUCUGUGGUGUCACCCCAAAUUUGAGGAUCGCUGCCAGUCUGUGGUGGAGUUUAUAAAGAGGGCGAUCAUGCACUCGAAAAACGGGAAGUUCCUUUACUUCCUGCGAUCCAGGGUUCCAGGUCUCCCUCCAACGCCUGUCCAGCUCCUGUAUCCUGUCUCCAGGUUCAGCAACGUCAAAUCCCUUCAGCACCUUUGCCGCUUCCGGAUCAGGCAACUUGUCCGCAUAGACCACAUUCCAGAGCUCCCACUGCCCAAGCCUUUGAUCUCCUACAUCCGGAAGUUCUAUUACUAUGACCCCCAAGAGGAGGUGUAUCUGUCACUGAAGGAAGCUCAGCUGAUCUCAAAACAGAAGCAGGAGACUGAAUCCUUGACGUAGCGAGGCUGCCUCGCCCAUCUUGUCAUUGUCACAGACGGAAUUUGCUUGUUGAGAUCCUGUAGCAAAGAGCCUAAGCAAAGCUACAGCAGAACCGAGGCGCAGGAAGGGGGAAGCCUGCCUCUGCAGUAGUGACUUCUGCUUUCAAGCUCUUUUGUCCUCUGAAGAGGACUCCUAAGAAGCAAAGCAGAAUGGAAAUUGGAGCUCUGGCUCCUGGCUUGGAGAUGGAGCCUUUGACAGCAAGUGAACUGGAUCCCAGACUCCUCGCAGAACGGAGAAUGUCAUGGCACUGUUUAUUAUUUAAGUUUUUAUUUUUGAUGUUUCCAUUUCUCAGCAUGGGAAAUAUUGUCUUUGAGAGCAGCUGGAUUUUAUUAUACCGCAGAUUCAAGGGUGAGGGAAGAAAGGGAUCUUGCAGCAAGAUCAUCCACCAGCCACCCUGGUAAAACUGCUCUUUGGCUACCAUCAUGUGGCUGUGGCCAAAGAACUGCUGGGAAGGAAAAUGGGCCAGAUUCGUGUGCAGCUAUAUAGAAUAAUUGGGGUGGGAGGGAGGAGAGGCGCCAGCUCUCUAAACAGUGCAGCUUCGUAGAUCCUGUGCUUUCUAGGAGACAGUGCAAGAGCCCAGCCUAGCCUGGAGUAGCCGAGUGGUCCUGUGCGCUUUCACAUCCUAUCCAAGGAGGGGAACUGUGUGUGAUCCAUUCAAAUGUUCUGAAGCCUUCUGCCAGUGGAAUAGCUUAUAGCAUUGAGGAGUAAGAAGCUAUCAGCCACACAGCAAAUGCCAGAAGAUCUAGCCCAAGAGUUUUUUGGGCUGAAGUCCUUUACAGUUCCUGUGAUAGCUGUGGAAUCUGGCAAAGCUGUUGUCUCUAAAUUCCAGCAAUCCCUGAGCCAAGGGCAUUCCUGCCUCACUGAAGCAAUCUCAGCACUGCAGAGCCAUGGGGAGUUUUGUUAUGGCCUCUGUGCUGGCUAUUCCCAAAAGCUGUGAAUAAAAUGGCUUUUUAAUCAAAGGAGCAGUGUCAGAUCCUGACAACUAAUUGUGAAGGCUGUUGUGGGACAUCUUUCCGACUCAACAGACGGGGAACAAAUUUUUGACCCUGACCGUGGGUUAGGUGGGAUGAUUCAGGACUGAAGGAUGAUCCCAACGUAAAUGGAGACAGCUUCCUGAUUUUCCUGUGAGGGUGAUGCUCUGUAUUUCUAGCCUUUCUAGUGAUGCCCUAGAACAUGGUGAUCUGGGAGUAUUGCAGCACAGAACAAUUCCUGCAGAUGAGGCCAGUAACAGGAGAGCUAAAAUGGUGUUGCUUCUACUGUUUUUUGCCAUGUGGCUCCUAAAUUUGCCAUGGCUUACUGCGUUUGGUGCUAGUAAUAGCCCUCUCAUCUCAAGGAGCCUGGUCUGCUGCUGUCUUCACAGCUGCUAAAGAGUUAUUUUCAUAGCAAAAUGUAGUGUCUGUCCUUUGGUGGGGAUGAGACCCUUCUAAGGAGGGGUCUCGCGUCCUAUCUAGUAAAACUAAAAAUUCCUCUCAACUUGACUGAUGUCCACCUCCCCUCCCAGCAGCAUGGUGAUCUGGAAGUUGUGAUGUUUGUGUCUGGCACUUGGGCUGUGAUCUUCUAACCUGGCAGUCCUUUCGCCGAGUUCUGAGUGUCCCCUACGUUGGAUGUAGCAAUUCGUGAGCCUUUAGGAUUCACACCAUUCCUUAAGGAAUGGUGUACAUAUUGAGGUUAGAGGGUAGCAUGAAAUCUGCCUCGCUCUCUGUAAAGAGCUCCUACAGAGCGGGCUGGAGGCCAGGGCUCUUCCUUUCCUGUGUAAAUGAGAACAACUUAACUUCCGGAUGAAACCACAACAAGGCUUAAGCAGUCUCUAGAAAUACCUCGUCUGAAAAAAUUUGCUACUGAAUCUGCAUCCCGUUGGUGGUUACCUAUUUGGGCAGGGGGUAGCAGAGAGGGAUGAAUACUCUCUUAGACUGGUCAUUUACAAGACGUUUACGCUGCCCCCUCCCCCCAAAAAAACAAACAAACAAAAACCCAACCCAGCCCACGACUGCAAGUCUCAGAGCCUAAGUCAAGCUAUGGAGGCUGAAAAUAGCAGUGUAGAUGUUCCUUCUUUGUGCUGGAGUUCAAGCCCCAAGACCUACCUCUCUGGCUAGGUUUCAGAGCCCAAGCGGGAAUGUCUGUGUUGCUAUUUUUAGCCCCGUAACGCAAGCCAGAGCCAGUUGAUCUGGGCUCUGAGACUUGCUACUUUGGGUUUUUAUUGCAGUGUAGACAAAGCUGUAGCAUGUCUUGUUCUCUUGUGAAAUCUGGGCUCUUUAGGUCCAUAGCACAACAUGACUCACCAGCGAGGCCUCCAGAAGUUUAAUCUCUCUCAUAAACCCUACGUCUCCCCACCAGCCGGAGAUUUGCAGUUCACAUAUAGUCGUGGGCCUAGUUAAGAUUAAGGAGCGCACAGCAAAUUGGGACGAAUGAUGCACAGCCUGAAAAUCCAGCCGUGCUGCUUGGAUGCACAAGACUGAUUGCGUCGUCUUUUACAGUGGGAGGUGCCCUGGAUCUGACAGCGAUCCCUGAUGUGUAGCUCCUCCAGCUUUGAUACAGCUCAUCCUAGCCAUGGAUUGAGAAUCCAAAUAUUCAACCUCCAGCGAAUUCAUACACUGGAAAAAAUCUACUUCCCUGGAGUGACUGCGAAGGAGGAUCUGACACCUCCAAAAUGUCUAUAAACUUACGUGCAGCUGCAGACUAACAGCUCAUUAACCUUCCCUCUAAUUGGACAGUUCUGUGAGGCACUGGAUUGGGAGAACAAUGCAGAGCAUGGAGGGACUGGCUGUUGGACUCUGAUGGUCCCUUGUUUUCCGCCAGCCAUGGGGAAUACCUGCAAUCAACAUGGGUCUGUGAGUCUUGCAGAUCUGCUUGUAAAGAGAGUGGGGGGGAGGACCUAUCCCCACCCCCCUUAAAUUCGGAAGAUGUCUGUGCUGUUUCUCACAUACCACCCACCCAGAAAAAGAGUCAAGCUGUCAAACUGAUGCUGGAUUUGGGGAAGCAAGGUGGAGACUUAAAUAGGCAGGCUGGAAAAAGAAGAGGAAAUGUAUUUGGAAUGGCCAAGCACUGAAAUAACCCCGUAGAAUGAGCUACCAUCCCUGAAUGGGGUUGGGGGGGGGCAGGAUAAAAACGCACAAAUCUACACCCCAGCAUUGGCUGGUUGAAAGAGAAACGCUGAUCUCAACUAUUCUGACCUCUUCAUUCUCUGGCAUGUUAAUUCUCCACUUCACUCUCCUUUUUUAAGCCCUGUGCAACUACUGAGGACGCGUUCCUGCUGAGCCAUUGAGUCCUAGGGCAAGUCAUUUACAUAAAACAUCCAGGAGCAGUCCAAGAAGCAGCAUAUCUUGCUGAAAUGCUGUUGCAUCUGUAUUUGGUCUUCUGUAAGCAUUCUCGAAAAGGAAUUUCCCUCAUGGGCUGUUUGGCAAUUUCUGCUGGUACUUGAAACUUGAACUCUGCAGCGGGUGAGCGUUCUAGCUGGAUGGUGGUCGGCUAACAGGGCUGUGGCUUGCAUCCUUGAGCAGCUGGUCAGAGAGGCUUUUAUUUUUUUCUGCCUGUUGCCAGGAAUUCCUUGGUAUGGAAUGUAAUGCUGUCUGCUGCUGAGCAUAGGAGGCGCCUCUGUUAGCAGAAGCCUCUGUCUUCCCAACAGGUAUCCUGUAAGCACCUUGCAGAAGUCAGAAGCUCAUCACAAUUUUACUAGCCUGUACUUUUUCCAUGGAGAAAUUAACAAGGCUUUACCUGUCAGCAAAUUACUCUGUUUGUAAGGCUUCACUUUAGUUGCCUUCAUCAAUAGGAAACGCCACCAAACUUACCACGGGCUUGCGGGGUUCUGCAUGCUAUAGUAAAUGAGCUAAUCUGAAGCAUGUCUCUCUUCUUACGCAACAUCAUUUUAGUGAUUUGUGUUGAAUGAAGGCAGGCAUAGCAGCAACACACGACAUGUAAGGGCGACAGGGUGCCACACCCCUGCCCUGUAUAUUUACCCAAUCUCCACAUUUCUCAGGCAUAGCCGAGCAAAGGGAGGCACAUGUACUGCAUAACCAUUCUGCUGCCUCUUUAGUAUCGCUUGGAUAACGUUCCUGACAGGCUUGCAGUAAAUAAGAACUCUUUUGAAAUCCAUGUUUAAAAGAAGUUUGUUCGUAUUGAAAGUACCUCUUAUCACUUCAGGGCUAGGUUUCUGAGCUGGUAGUUCUUCCUGCUAGAGGGAUGGGAAUGUCAUAGAUUCUGGCAACAGGUGUAAAUGUUUCUUUUACUGCUUCAAUUCAGAGACUAUCAAAGUCUGAAGGGAAUGGACAGAGCCAUCUCCUCUCCAAGUGUUCUUCCUUGCUGGAUGUUGCAGGCCUGUGGAUGGAGAUCUUACAGGUGACCUGUUCCUAGUUCCCAUUUUGUGAAUGAUCCCAGUCCCCAUGUAGGGAGGAACAUUUCACUUUCCUAUGGGAAUAUUUUGUUUUCCUUGUAGGUUAGUGGGCUUGUCUAGAUUUAAGGGGACAUGAUCAACUUGAUUCUCAAAGUUACUUAAGGCUUCCUUUAGUGUCCUGGUCUCUUUUUCCUUUAAGAAAAAGUAAAUUUGAUAAGUUUAUGAAUAGGAUUCUAUGAUGGGUUUGCCUGCAAUAGCAGGGGACUGGAUGAGAUGACCCAAGGGGGCCCCUUAGAGUCCUGUAACCAUGGGUUUUUUCUGCAGAUUAUUGGGGCCCUAUUGAGUAAGGGAGAAUUUGACUAUUGGAUGUGGCGAGGGAGAUGGACAGUGAAAUUGACUAAUAUUAAAGUGCUGUCAGAUCACAAAUUAAAGUUGAAAGAAAUCUCUUUGCUGAUCUUUGAUGUAACUACAGCUGGUACAAAAUUUCCAAUCAAACAUUCAUGUUGACAAGGUGCCUUUAAAGGUAGCUAGCUCAAACACCAAAUUUGUCCUGUUGCAUACAUUGCCAUCUUUCUUUUCACAGCAACAGAAUCUAUAGGUAGUGAGAGGACUUGACUUGCUCCUGGGGAGUAAACUUUUUUUAAAUAAAAAAGGCAACUUUUUUUUUUUAAGCAUCAGGUGCAACUUACUAAUGAGUGACCUGGUGUGAAAGCAGCUCUGAAUCUUUAUAGGAAGAGGGAAGAACAUAGUUGAUGUCCCCAGUGAUGUUAAACUGCAAAUAUUUUCACUAGUGAGGCAUUCGUUUAGGAAGCCAGCUGUCAGCAGAGAGCUCAGGAUUUGAACUGUGGGGCUCCCAUACUUAAGUUGAAAACUAAGUGUAGAAAUUGUGAAGACCUCUCCUCUGAAGGGGAAACUGUGCAAGGAGGUGGAGCUCAAAAUCAAACAGCGUUUCAAAUAUUUGGCUCAGUCUUCAAUCCUAGAACUUACUGUAAAUAACCAUCCCAUAUCCAUUUACAGUGAGUUCAGGACGCAAGAGCGCAGAUUGUCUUGCUCACAUUGUGACACUUCUGGCUAGGUUCUUCUCUAAAAGGCACCCCGUAUUGCAUGCCCAGCCCGUGCCCCACCUCCUAGUUAUGACCUGCUGCCUGCUGUCAAAUGACACAGGGAGACAGCUCUUAUCUUCAGUGGCUUAAAGAGUUAAAGUGGUUGACUUAACCAAGCAAAUCUCAAGAGGCCCUGGAGUGCUGUUUACACAGCCUAUGCACCCUCAAUCCAACUGAGGUCAGUGGAAGCAGAGUGCUCAGCACCUUACAGACAUUGCUGUCUUCUGCCUUGUCUGACGCGUAUAGUAUACAGCUGUAACCCUCUCUGUGGACACUUAUACUAGAGCAAGUGGAUUUUGUCAGUUUAGUUUGUUGCUGGGAAAGGGGUUGAUGUUAAACUGAAAUAUACCUCUUCUUCCACUGGAAAAAGUGCCCACUGGGCUUGGACUACACAGCUCUAACUGUAUCUCUUUAAAUUCAUACCUUAGGUUACAGUGAAAAUGAUUUUCCCAUCUAGACAAGAUCUUAGUCAGCAGAGCUUCCUAAUUUUGACUAUGGAAGCAGUACUGUCCCCUAGUGCAUGCAGUUCUACCACUAUAAAGGCACUUACUUAAUACUUUAUUUCUGUAAGGGUUUGUGCAUGUUUCAUUAUUUGUAUCACCGUAAUGCGUAGGCGCACCAGGCCCCAUGGUGUUAGGUGCUGUAAAAAUUGGAUGUUCCUUGCCCCAAGUAGCUUACACAAGACGAGAAAGUUGCACUGAGAACUUGAAUCACUUUUUUAAACUGAUAGUGAAACCACUGCAAAAGGCCCUGUGGAUGAUUUUGAAUGGCUUCAUUUCAGUUUAAACCUCUGUUCCUAAUUGACUUAAGUUAAACCUCAGUAAGCUACUCGUCCACAGAAAGAAGAGCUCCCAACAGUCUUUUUACACAGAUUUACCUAAAUCGGUUUAAAUUCAUGCCAUAAGUUGUACUGGUGCAAGAAAGUUUUCAGUCGCCAUUUCAGGAACUAGCAGCUCCUGGGGCUAAAAGAGCAAAAGCUGAAUCAUGGUUGGGUUGGGUGUGAUGCAGCUGAGCUAUAGAGACCUCUGAUGCAAAGGAGGGAAUUUCAAUUCUUGCUGCACUUUUUCCAGGCACGUGGCACCACAUUACACAUCCAGCACUUGAAGACCCCAAAAGUGUUCAUUCCAGAUCGGGGCCUGUGCUACUGUGCACCUCUGGCAAUUGGGUUUGUACCUCUUUGGCAACACCAGCCGGGUAUGUGGUUGCGUAUCUUGCAGGAUAGACAAGUACAGUGCAGAGGCUUACAACAGCUGUUUCUGGAUCUGAGCAGGAUGGAGGAAUUCUAGUGCAGGUGGUGGCGAGCGGUGGGAUUUUUCUAGCUCACUGUAGGGCCGGCAAUGAGGGAAUCCAGGCAGCAGAGUUUGCUAAACAUACAGGGUGAGAGAGGAAUUGGAUUGUGCCCUUUCUCGAUUCUUCACAAUUUAUAAAUAAGACCUCAGGUUUGGCCUGUAUCCUACCAUUAAAAUCACUGUCUGGUCUAGGCCUCCCUGUUGGAGGACUCAGCGGAGGUCUUGGAUGUGCAUUCAGCCGUCUCAUCUUUCAGUUGAACUUUAAACCAAUGAAGCAUUUCAUAGGAAGCUUUUCUGAAAACACCCUGAACAGAAAUCCCUUCCCUCUUUCAGGCAGGUGUCACUUAGUUGUCCACUAAUGCCACAAUCCUAGUUGCCCCAUAGUGUCUUCUAGGUAAAACAGGGCAGACAAGACCCGAAAUUCUAAUCUACAAAUUAGGGGCAGGUGACUCCCAAGGGGAUAGCAUACUCUGCUAGGUGUUAAACCUGGGUUCUUUCUCUCUGCCACUGGCUUGCCAUGGUGAGACCUUGGUCAAGUCUCUUAAAUGCUGUGCCUGAUUGACCCAUUGAAAAAUGGGGUGAAAGAUGCUUCCUUUUAAAGUGCUUUCAGAUGAAAAAUGCUGUAGGUGCUAAUCAAGAAAAAUGCAGGCAAACUCUUGUGCACUCUCUAAAAAUGAAACAAAAAAACUUUCAAGCCUUAAUACAAAGGGGGGAAAAAAGGGUCCCACCCUCUCUCUUUUCUUUGCAUGUCACUCUUUAAAACCAGUGACCAAUAAAACAAACACUGGAGUUAAAGCCUCCUAUCCUUUUUUUAAAAAAAAAAAUUAUAUAGGCAAAUAUCUACUCUGUUUGUUUGAUCUUGAUUUAUUUCAAUCAAAGUAGCAUGCAAAAUUCUUGCCUAGCUCAAAGACACUGACUCUUGGGUAAUCCAGAUGGAACUUCCCUCUGUGUGGUGCAUGUUGUAAACCAAGUGGAUAAAAGCUUUUGCUCUGACUUGUUCCAAGCCCCAGACUCUUCAACCACCAUCCAGCAGAAAUGCAGCUUUGCUUAAUUUUUUGGUCUUUUUUUUUGGCUUAAUUUAUUAAAAUAGUUGCUGUAUAAUUUAUUUUCAUAAACUAUAUAAAAAGUUACUAAAUGGUAAACAUACUUGCAGGCCAAUCUUUAAAAAAAAUAGUUUUUUGAUAUAAACAUAACAAAUGCACUUUGAGUGUUUGGUUAUUUUUGGGGGUGGCUGGGCAGGAAACAAGGUGUAUCUGUGGAUUAGUUCCAGAAGGGUUGUCUGUAUAUAGUGUAUUAAUAGGCAUGCUUGGCCUCUCGUAUGGAAGCAUUAGUAACUGCUGCAGAUCUUGUCCAGGAAGCCGGUGUAAAAUUCUCAUUUUUUUGUAAAUUGUCAAUGAGGGAGACCUCUGACUUUUGUGUUUGUAACUCAUUUUUAUUGUCGUUUCGAACAAUGGGUUUUUUGGUUGGAAGGGCCAAGGGGCGGGACA